AUGUGGCACUUGCCGCCCUCAUCAUACCCUCACUCUUCCACGCUAACGAGUGAUAAAGGUAACAAACAUUCUUUCAAACAUUGCUUGCAAUCGUCAUCGUCCGAAUUACGAUAUACAGCCAAUACCCAGCUCGAACAACUCCAUGCGAGAUAUACCGGUACAGGACAUGCGGAUACGACCAAGUAUGAGUGGUUAACGCACCAGCAUCGAGAUACGUUAGCUGCGAUCAUUGGACAUCCACCUUUACUUGGCUAUGUGUCAAUUGCAGAUGGGGAGUGUCAAGCUAGAAAGAGGUUCGAAUUGAUUGAGAAAAUGGUUCAACCGUGUGGUAAACCACCAGGCAAAACGGAUGACUAG